UGACAGACAAAUGUGACAAAUUAAAUAAUUAAAUAAAAGGCGCCAAAUGUAUUAUUUGGUUAAGUAUUUACCAAAAAAUUAAACAAUACUGUUAAAUAUUAUCAUUCAAGUAAAGUAAAUGUUGACUUUAACAUGUUCAGUUAUAAUUAUUAAUUAAAAGGGUAAAAGUAUGAACAAGAACUUCUUUGAUAUUCCUUCGUUUGGUAAAUUCAACUAAAACUUUUUACCAUGUCUGCAAAUUAUGAGAUUUUGAUGCUUUCAUCGCAAUCACAAGCUCGUGAGAGUUUUGAAGAUGUUCAAGAAGAAACAGAAGAAGGCCAAGGCUCUAAAAACCUCAAUAGUAGCGAUGAUGAAGCGGGGCUGGUUUCAUGUAAAAGAAAACGAACUAUGAAUUUUUCUGACAGUGAAAGCGAUUUGGAGAAAGAAAUUAAUAAUGUAGAACAUAACAUCAUAUCACCGAGUAAAUCUGAAGAUAUUGUUCAAGACAGAAGCAGGCCACUCAACAGUAAAUCUAAGAAAUCUAGGAUAAAACACAUUGAUACUUCUGAAAGUGAAAAUAGUUCUUUGGAAGAUAAAGGCAUACAGAAAAAGUCUAUCAGAGCUGAAGACAAACUGAAGAAGCUCAAAGACAAGUUCAAAGGUUUGAUUUCUCACCAUACAAAGGGUUCACAAGAAGUAGAUACACAUUCCAUCGAAAAAUUACCCAAGACUGAUGAGAAUAGUGAAAACUCUGAUGAAGAGGUGUCUUGCUUGAAAAUAAAACAGAAAAUAAAAAAGUCAGCCUAUUCAAUGAAUUCCAUAUGUGACCCAGAUACCUCAGAUGAGGAAAGCAACCCUAGACCAAUGCAUAAACAAAGAUCCAAACAGCACAAACCUAGAAGUACAAAGCCUACAUCACCAAAGCCAAUGAGAAUGUCAGCAAAACAAGCAAUGGAAAACAUGCACAAAAUAAAGAGUGAAUCCAAUCGGAUGCUACGAGAGAAACAAGUCUCUUUACCAUAUCACAGACCAAAGGCUUUGUCACUCAAAGAUAUCAUGAGCAAAAGGAAGCCUGCAGUCACAUCUGAUGGAAAGGCACUCCCUAUUAAAAUGAACAAUGAACAGCUUAAACAAUAUGUAUUAUUGUUAGAGCAAAGACAAAAAGAAGUGAUAGAGUUAUGUAAAAGUGACACUGAAGAAGAAGAAGAAGAAGAUUGUCCAGAAGAUGAAGCAAGUGUUAAAAAUGACAUCUCUACAACCAAUGUUGUAAAAGAACCAAUUUUAGAACAUACAAAUGUAGGACACGUUGCUAAAGGGGAUGUUAGUAUUUCCAAUGAAAUAAGCUGUAUUGAAACUGAUGUCCAAGAAAAUAUUAAGACUGUAAAUAUUGAUGUUGAAAAACAAGCUUCCAAAGAGACAGAAUCUUCAAAUAUGGAUGUUGUUGAAGAAUAUACCGAAACUGACAUUAAGGAUAGUUCAAGAAGUGAGAAAGAACCGAGAAGUAGCAUAAUAGAGGCAGAAACUAUAAAUGAGCCUCCAAAUAUGGAUAUAGAUAAAAAAUAUAAUGAGACUGAAGUUAAGAAUACUUCAGGAAGUGAGAAGGAACAAGGAAGUGUCAUAAUUGAGACAGAAACUGUAAAUGAGCCUCCAAAUAUGGAUAUGGAUGAACAUACUGAGACUGAAGUUAGGAAUAGUGCUGGAAGUGAGAUAGAACAGGAAAGUGUCAUGGAAACAAAAACUGUAAAUGAACCUCCCAAUGUGGAUGUUGUUAAAGAACUUACCGAAACUGACGUUAAGAAUAGUUCAAUAAGUGAGAAAGACCUGCAAAGUGCUAUUACACCACUAGAAUUAUCUGAGAAUCAACCAGUUAAGGUACCUGGACGAAAUACAGAACAAGACAGCCAAAAUAUGGAAUUGCAUUAUGAUUCCGAAAAAGCAGGAUUAAUUCAAGAGAGUGAACAAACUAAAGACUAUAUUUCAGAAGUUCCUUCCACUAGAAAAGAGAAAGAACGAAUUGAAUCUCCGCAAAAUGACAAUGAUGAAUUUUUAGACAGUGAUUUUAAUUAUGAUGAAAUCGAUAAACUGAUUGAAAAUGCGAAAAUUCCAAAUGAUGGUGUACAAAAAUUAUCUGCCCCAAAACUGAUGGGAGCUCCUGGUAUGGUUAUUGAUUUAGACUCUACUGAUCCACUGGCCCCAAAACAGCUAACUGGUGUAGACCUCUUAAAAGAGAGAUAUACAUAUUUUGCCAAACUAAAGUCAUUAGAAGACAUGGAAAAGGACAGAGAGAAAAAAUUCAAACCAGGCGUUCAGCAUCUCAAACUGAAACAAGAAUUAGAGGAACAAAUAGCGGAACAGCGAUCAAUGGAAUGGGAAAAACGUCUUGAAGAAGAGAAACGUCUUAAAUCUGAAAUUAAUGACCAUGUAUCAGAUGACGAUAUAGAAAAGCUUGAAGCUAAGUUAGAAGAGAACAACGAAAAAGUGGAUGGUGAGGAAGUUGAUAAUGAAAUGUUUGAAGGCGAAGAAGAGCCCAUAGAAGAUGAUAUAAUAUUGGAAGAUAAACCAAAAAAACGAAACCCGAUGGUUGAUGAUGAAGCCGAGGAAUCCGAAUGUGAUGAUGAAAUUCCUGGUGACGAUAAUGAACAAGAUGUUGAAAUGAACAACGGUGAAGCAGAUGAUGGUGAUGAAGCGGAUUUAGAAGAUGGUGACGACGAUGAUGAAACUAGUGACAGUUCUUCGGAAUCUGAAGAGGAAUGUGAAAGUAAACCUAGAAAAGGCAGAAUAUUGAAGGCCUUUGAAGACUCCGAUGACGAAUCUGCUGUUGUUGAUAAUCAACUUAAAAAUAAAGAAGUAAGCUGUGAAAUGACGGAAAAUGUAGUUAAUGAAGUCGCUUCUAAGAAAAUCCAGGACACUGAAACUAUUAAAGAUAGUCAAGACGAUGAACUGCAGUUAGCUCAAGGAAACAAAUCUUCCGAAGAUUUGUUCAGCACCCAAGAAUCUGACAAACCAAAUCUAGUGGUAGCUGCUUUAACUAAAACUAGUGAAGAUAAUGCAAGCACUGACUUGGGCACUCAGACCUUUUCAAUUUUGGAUUCAUUGGGAGCUAAUCAAACAUUGGAUCUUAACUCACAGAAUAAAACAGCUGUUUGUAGAACACAGACCAUAGGCGAUGACUUGAACUUAUUAGUCAAAAUGUGUCCCGGUAUAUCUGACAAUCUUAUGACAACUCAAAACGCACCGCCACAAUUUUCACAAACCCAGGAAAUCGGAGAUGACGUUGUAGCAUUAUGCACUGGAAAAUUUUACGAUAACCCAUUCUUAUCGCUAGAUAAACCAACAACGUUUAGUUCUCCAGUAAAACUUCUAGAAACUUCCCAAUCACAAGAAUUUGGUGACGAUGUUGCAGCACUUUGUACAGGAAAAUUCUAUGAUAAUCCUUUCGUAUCACAAUAUGGUGAUCAUAGUGAUAUCAACAAAUCGGAAACUUUAAAGACAACUCAAAAACUAAAAGAAGAUAAAGAUUUAGUAAAUCCAAACAAUGAAAAAGAACAAAAAUUAAAUUGUAAAAAUGUUGAGAAAACUAUUUUAAAUUCAAUACUUGAAGAGCUAGAUGGACCAGAUUUUGAAGAACCUAAAAAUAAGUAUUUUGCAAGUGAUACUCCAUCAGAUAAAAUUGAUGUAGGUUACAGUCAGGUAAAGAAGAAAUUGGUGAUUGAUUCCGAUGAUGAAACGAAUGAUGGUGCUUCUCAGAAGAAAAAUAAGAAGCAAAAGAAAAGGAAAGCGGAAGAGAGGGCAUUGCAGAUAUCAGAUGAUGAAGAAGAAGAAAUACUAGAUGAAGAACAGAGUGAUAUUGAGUCUGAUAUCAAUGAAGAGGAAGAAAGGAUUGUAGAAUAUGAUUCAGAGGAAAAUGAGGUGGAAGUGCAACAAAAAACGUUAAAGAAGAAGCGUGUAGGUGCAUUCUUCGAGAAUGAAGCCGAACUAACUUCGGAAGACGAGUGGGUGGGCUCCGGAGACGAAGAUGAGAGGGGACUGGAUAGGAUGGAGCGCGAGGAGGGCGAUGAUGAGACCUUCCACCAGGGAAAAUUGCAGAGGGAGCUUGGACAGAUUCAUAUGCGAGAGGUACUCGACCAGGAUAAGCGCGAAGUGCGAAUGAUACAAGAACUGUUGUUUGAGGAUGGUGACCUUGGUGACGGGCAUCGGCAACGGAAGUUCAGAUGGAGAAACGCAGAUGGAGAAGAGGAAACAGGCACAAAUCCAGAUGAAUUUUUGGAUACGCAAGAAGAAGAAUUUGAGUCCGAGGAACAGUGGAGAAAGCAGAGGCACGAAAGGGAAAUGUUUUUAAAGAAAUUGCAAGACAAAGAUGAAGAAAUAUUAGACAUAAAUAUUAAUAGUACGGCAAUUGUCAAAGCAAAUCUUUGCUCUAGAAGUAUGUCGAUGUUGCUCUCUAAAAGUAAAGGUGAUACGACUGAAAAAGAUGGCAUUGUAGUUGCAGAGAAGAAACCUGCUAAAGAUAUACCCAGUCCGAAAAAGGCUUUCACGAUAUUUCAGCAAAACUACCACGGUUCAUUACUGACCCGCGGUCGCGGUGCUCUCGCUCGACUGGCCGCGCUAGCUACCCCACUGGCAACAGACAAUGACGACGCACCGAAAGUCGUCACCUCGAUCAAUAGACGCAACUUCGUCUUCACUGCAUUGUCGCAGGAGGAAAAGCCAAAGAUAACCAAACGCAAGGCAGAUACAAAUGCGAAUACUCCGAAACAAGUGAAGAAAAUGAAGACUGAAGAGCCUAAUGAUAAGCUGUUCCCUUAUGCAGAGGAGAACGUGAAACAGUUCCUAGAGAGCCAGUGGGAGAGCGCUGAUGUGAAGGAGGUAGUCACGGCGCUGCGAAAGCUGUCGCUGGAAGACCAGGAGAAAAGUGUUGAGGGGCACGUUGCUAUUCCUGGAGAGGAUGCUUCAAAAGAGGAUCAGAUUGAGGGUCUAGUCAAUAAUGUGAAGUGGCAGAUGUCAGCGGACCGCAAGGCGGGUCCGCUCAAGCAGUUGCAGGGACUGAUUUGGAAGCAAGGCUAUGACAAGGGCGAUAUUAAAGGACAUGUCUACGAUGAUGUUUCCGCGGCACUUGAACAAUGGCAAUCCAUCGAUGGACAGAAGGUCUACAUCUACUCAUCUGGUUCAGUCCAAGCCCAAAAGCUCCUGUUCGGUCAGUCCCUGGCUGGUGACCUGUUGAAAUACAUUGAGGGCCACUUUGAUACUGCUGUUGGCGCUAAACAAGAGGCCACCAGCUACUCUGCCAUUGUUGAGAAGAUUGGCUGCAAGGCUGACGAUGUUCUGUUCCUGACUGACAUAGUCAAAGAGGCUGAAGCAGCCCGAACCGCUGGCUUACACGUUGCGCUAGUAAGCCGAGAGGGCAACGCACCGCUACCCUCUGAAGCCACGGAAAGCUUCAAUGUGAUCCACUCAUUGGGCCAACUCGCCUCCAACAAGCGCAAGAAGGACCCACAGGAAGAGCAACCUGCUAAAGUUCCUAAGACUGAUACUAGUAACAACGUUAAGACUACAAUAGAGACAGAAACAACCAAACCAGAAACCCCAGUAGAAAAGAAAGAAAGCGAAACAGAAAAAAUGGAGAUUGAGGAAGAGCCACCUGUGAAACAAAUUACAGAUGAGACUAAAAAACAAAUUGAUGAUGAGAAAACGAUCCAAGAAAUCCCAGAAGUGGUCGUUGAAGAAGUUACAGAUAUAAAGGAUGACAUUCCUGUCAUUGAUGUUGAACCCGUUAUUAUAGAAUGCGAUGAAAGUAAGGCUGAUAAAAUAGAGACUGAAAAAAUGGAAACUGAAAUCACUGAAAAGGUGGAAGAAACCAAGCUCCACCCAGAAACCAAUCCUGAUGAAAAAAUUGAAAGUGAGAAGUUAGAAACAGAGAAAUCUCAAACUGAGACGUCAGUACCUGAAAAACUAGAGUCAAAGGUGAUCUCAGACAGUGACAAAAAGACUGAAAUUCCAGAAAGAUCCACUGUGCCAAAAGAAAAACUAGAAAUUAAGGAACAAGCGACAAUUGCUGAAGAAACGCCACAGACUAUCAUUACUGAAAUUGAAGAGGUCACUGACAGUGAAAAUCUUGUAGAGAUGGCAGAAAUUAUUGAAGACGUCGAGCCGGUUGUAGAGGAACCUAAUGGAGCCGAGGAUUUGGAGUUACAGAACGUUGGCGAUGUCUUAGAGAAAGAGUGUGAUGAGAUUUUAUCGAAAGUGCAGGAUGUAACGAAUUUGGAUAAUAUCCCAUUAAAAUCGACAUUGAAACCAAUUGCUGAAGAGACUAUGGAAACAGAUAAUUUAGAUUCUAAUGAUAUCAUGGAAAGGAUAUUAGACUCCGAAAUGGAACUUGAAAAGAAACAGUCUGAAAAUGCUUUGAAAGUCACUGAAUCUGUAGAAGAUGCACAAACAGACAAUGCUACUGAAAAUGCAGAUAGAGUUGCCGAAAAUACAGAUAAAGAAGCAGUUAAUACAGAUAAAGUUGUUGAAAAUACAGAUAAUAAAGCCGAAAAUACAGAAAAAGUAGCAGAAAACACAGACAAAUUAGUUGAGAAAACAGAAAAAGGUGCAGAGAAUACAGAUAAACCAGAAGAAGGAAUAACUGAUGUUGUAGAAGAAAAUAGAAAGGGUGAUAAUGAUGAAUCUAGCAUCACAAAAAUUAAUAGUGUUUCAGGGGCCAAAGAAACUGAAAGUAAGAUAGAAGAAGAAAUUCCUCCCGAAGUACCCACAAAAGAAAGUAGUCCACAAGAGGAAAAAUCUAAACCAGAAACAGUAAGCAACACGGAAGAAACAAAGAAAUCUGAAGAGAGUAUUGAAACUCCAUCAGAACAAAAACCCGAAGAAAAUACACUAACCACUAAAAAGGAAAAUGAUAACGUUACUGAAGCACAAAAACCUACAGAAAGUGCCACUGGGGAAUCACAAGUGAACGGCGAUACGACAAACGGUCAAAAAGAAACAGUUAAUCUGAAUGGUGACGUCAGCAAAGAUGAAGAGUUAAGUUCACGAUUAUCAGUCGAGAAUGGUAACGGUAAAGAAAUUAAUGGUUCAAACGGCGACUCCUUGGAUGCUGAAAAUGGAACAGACAAAAAGGUGGAAGCGGAUGUUUCUGACAUCAAAGUUAAGACCGUCACAUCAGACGAGCCACACCCUGAGCCUAUAGAGCAGCCUACUGAAGCAUAAAAUAUCUUGUGUGGGACGGGAUGUUAAUCCGGGCGUCGAGUUGUUGGCUAAGACUGAGGCUGCUUCCACGCUAACAUCAUCUAGGUUUAUAUGUAUUGAACUUUCUAUACCGCGCGGUGACGAUUUGUACAUUGCCCAUAUUAAGCAAUACCAAAUGAUUUUGUAUGAUACCAUUCUUAAAGGGUUUUAAUGUUGGCUGAUCCGAUAAUAAGGUCUUCAGAUUAUGUCAACUCCACUCUGACUCGACUCACAGUAAAGCAAGGAAAUGUAUGCUUUAUAUCCUGUUAUUUACGGUGCUUUUACAAAUUUCAAACUAGUAAUUGUCUUGAACUGUGUCACUGCGGCGUACGAAACAGCAUAUUAUUCGGCUUCGUAGAGCAUUGUCUCUGUCACUCCUACCUAUGUAAAGUUUGUCGGUCUCAACAACAGAGACAACGCUCUACGAAUCCGCUAUCUCUUACUUAAGUCGAUGUACAAUAAUAAUAAUAUAUUGAAAUCGACAAAAAUGAGAUUGGACAGUGGAAAUGUUGCCAGUUUACAUUGAUAUUUAAAUGUGCAUUACAGAAAGGGUUCAAUAAAUGAUAAUAGUCCAGACAGUUAUCUGGUUUGGAACAAAAAUUUGAAAAGCAUGUAUAAUAGGUUUACCCUACCCGCGGAAAAAAGUUAGUAUAGCACUCUCUCUGUUAUGUAAUCCCAGAGUCAAAAAUCUCAGUGGGCGUUUACCAUUUAGAGUGGCCAACCAAUCACGAACAUGUUUUCAAAAAACAUUCGAAAUUCAAUUCAAAUUAGAAAACAUACUUUCAUUUGUGAUUGGUUGGUGACUCAAAAUAGUUAGCGCCCACUGAGAUUUUGGGUUCUAUCAUUUGUAUGGGAUUACAUAACAGAGAGCGCUAUACUAAUUUCAUUCCGCGGAUAGAGUACAGCGAGGCUUCACUUACAUUGCAAGCAUACAGGUACCAGCAGUAAAUAUUGUACAUUAUUAGAAAGAGAUUUCUGCUUCGUAGAGCGUCGUCUCUAUCACUCAUACCUAUGUGACGUUUGGUCGGUUGCAACGACAGAGACAAUGCUUUACGAAUCCGCCAUCUCUUUCUAAAGUUCGAUGUGCAAUAUUUGCUGCCGGGUCCUGCACAAAAUUGUUAAAGUUUGGAUAGUACCGGUUGCCAAUUCACAGUCGAUAUAUUGAGAUACGGAAUGGCCCCUACCAUUAUUGGAUUAGGUAGCAUAAAAACGCAAAUAUGGAUGUACACAUUAAUUUUUGACAAAAAUAUUUACUUAAUUCCAUAAAAUUAUAAAGAAACGUAGGAAAUAGAAAUAGAUUAUUUCAAAUAUCGUCAAAAUGAGUGUACUCCAUUUUUAGGGGAAAUGUAUGAUUUUUGUGGUGAUAUUAAGAGUGCGGUAUAUUUUCUACUUAGAAUGAGUGUAAGUUAAAUGAUUCAACUGUUGAAUAUAAAAUAUUUUCGCUUUUUAAGUAUACCUAUUCUAAUACUAUGUAAUAUGUAUGACAUUAGUGUAAGGUUUACUUUAUUUUUACGAAACUUAUUAAGCUUAAAUGUUUUGUAUUUUAGGUACGUUCACUUAAAAUAUAUUAUAAUAUUGUAAGUAGAAUAUAUAUCAAAGUAAUUAUAAAUUUUACUGAUUUGAGAAUUUUUAUAAUGCAAAAUUAUCACAUCGCACAAGUAAAUUAAUUUGAUUGUUGUAAUUGUAUGAACAUUCCUUUACAACUAACUGGUUAAAUUAAGAACAUUAGUUAGGUGCUUUUUAGACUAUACCUAAGGCUCACGCGUCGUUCCUGUUUUUGUAUGAACUUUUAUUGCAAUGAAUGCUUACAUAUUAUGCUUGAUCAACAUGAAUAUUUAAAAAAAAACAGUGCUCGCAAAUAAGUAUUCCGAUCUGAUUGCAACAUGGCGCUUUGUAUAGCUUAUAGACUAAGGCCGAGAUCUAUAGAAAGUACUUUUACUUUGCUCAGACUUAAGACUGUUAAAACGAGACAGCGUUAUAUCGCCGACAUAAAUGUAUCCCGUUUUAACCGAAACUUAAGUCUAAGUUAAGUCAAAGUACUCUAUAGAUCUUAGCCUAAGGAUUAAACACAAAAGCCCGGCUGAGAUCUGUUUUUGUACAAUGCGCGCAGUUAUUGGCCUCGUCUGAUUGGAGUACUUCGUUUUGCGCGCGCUAUUAUAAUAGAUGCUGAUAUUAAUAUUUUCAAUUGCGUAAUAUAAAUUAUUUCAAAUUUUUAAGAUUUACUUCUUGGUCUUAUAGAAACUACUAGGAGCUUUUUUGACCCUUUCUAAAAAAUGUAUAGACAUUUUUUAAUGAUGUUGUUGAUCAAGCAUAAUGUUAAGUGGAAAUAUCAAUAACCCGACAUUUUAAAGUAAGACUUAAAAUAAGAUUUUUAUAACGAAAGUGUUGUACUCCAUACGAAAAUCCUUGACGCGAGCUUAGGGGAUGGCAUUGUACAAUAUUUGUCACCGUUUGUCGUAUUUAGCUAAGGUAAGUUUAUUCCUAAGUAUUAACUGUAUUGUGAUCUUAAUUAUCGUACAUAUUACAAUAUUUUCGUAAUUUUUCUUAUACUGCCAAAUUACUUGCCCCCGCUCACUCUCCGUUGGUUCGCUGGACAUUGUGAUAUUGACAUGACAAGACUGGAAAAUAGGUUAUUGAUAAUAUCUGGGCUGUUAUAAAGGUUACAUUAUGCUAAUUUGAAAAUAUACUCAUUAUAUAGUAUUAUUACAUGGGCUCUUAGACCAUAUGUAAUCAAAACAAUACCUACUUAUAAUAUGUAUGAAUGACGUAAGUACAUAGACCUUUUAAAAACUAGAUUCUUGAGCAUGAGCAAAUAUAAAACUGUUGAAUAUAAAAAAAUAAUAUUGAAUUAUUAUUAUAUAUAGUAUUUAUAGUAUUAGUAUAUAUUAUUAUAUUUUGUAAAUCUGAAAAUGUAAUAGUGAUUUUUAAAAUGAAAAGGAAGCAAAUAAUGAUUAAUUUGGAACUUUAAUGUUUUAAUAGAUUUAAGCAAAUUAUAGUCAAUUAUUUAAAAUAUUUUAGAUUAUACGUUUCAACCAUUGUCAAACUUUGUAAAAUUUAAAAAUCGGUCAGGUGCGAAUCGAAUUCGCGCGAGGGGUUCUACCGUCGUACACUAUUUAUAGUAUAUUUUCAAAUUAGACAUUUCAGAACGACUGAAAACUAACAUUUUUACAGAUUGCCAUACAUUUGUGUUCAACGUAUGUCUAUAAAAAUAUUUUCUAAAAUGAAGUAUUUUAUACCGUUUUAGUAUUUUAUCGUAUGUAAUUUUUUUUUUUUUUUCAAGUCACCAAUUUCAGCCAUAAACAAGACUGAUCGUUUGUAUCAAAGAAUUUUUGGUAUGCUUUUUCUAUAUGAUAAUAAUACUAUGCUUAUGUGCUAAAAAUAAGGGUGCGUCGGAGUAAAAGUUAGGUAGUUUUUGAUCCAAAUAAUUUAAUUGCUAAUGAAUAACGAUGAUUGAUUUUUAAAAUGGCAAAGGUUGUAAAGCAUAUGCUCGCAACUUUUUUUUUAUACCAACUAGUCAUGGUGCCCCGAAUCUCGAAUUAGUAUGUUAUCCGUAACAUACUUAAAUUAGGUAAAAUAUGUGAUGAAUAUGGAUAUUUCGUAUUAUUUAAAUUAUAGUUUCUUUUACGUUCCUUUAGUAUUAAGAAUGAGAAUGUGUCGUCGAUUUGGCAAACCAACGUCGAGUGAGGGAACAAGUCACUUAUCUAGACUGAUUUUAACUCGUUUGUACUUUCAACUUCCAUUCAAUUUAACAUCCGAACCGGCAUUUUACAAACUAUUUUAAUUUUUGUUAUUUUUUUAUUUUAUAACGUGUCGAGAUUGAUACAUGAGAGAAGCUUAAGUAAUAAGUAAGUCUCCCUUUAGUUUCCUAGGAUACCAAUAACUGUAUAAAUAACAAGAUUUUGAAUUCGUCUGAAAUAUUGUAUUAAUUUUAAUUGUCUCAACUAAUGACGUUAAAAUAUAAUGGAUGUAGAAUUUUUAA